AUGACGAUGAACUCACAACAGUUUGGACAAAGAGAAGUAGUAGCAAUUAAAGAAGCAAGUGAGGUGAGUUCUAUUCAACAACAAUUGACUGAACUGACUUCAUUUGUUCGACAAUUUGUUGUAGGAAAGUCACAAGUUAAGGCUUGUGGGAUCUGUGCAAGUUCGGAACAUCCUACUGCUAUUUGUCCUACUUUGAGUCCAGAAUUAGAUGUCAGUGCUGCAGGAUUCAUCCCAAGAGCAUACAACCAUUACUCGAAUACCUACAAUUCAGAAUGGAAUGAUCAGUCGAACUUAAAGUAUAGGAAUCAACAAGUUAACUUUGGAGAUCAUUCGAAAGGAUUCCCAGCACCUAACCACCCUCCACAACCUGCUCAAACAGUUCCGAGUAAUUUCUUAGAGGAUAUGAUGAAAACUAUGCCGUCUAACAUGUUGCAAUUUGAACAGGAAACUCGGAAUAGCAUAAGGAACUUGGAAGAACAAGUAAGUCAAAUAGCGAAUGAGAUGUGCGAGAUGAAGUCAAGAGAAAAAGGCAGAUUGUCCUCACGACCCGACGGCAAUCCAAGGAAUGUGAGCUCGAUUGUUAAAAAAAAAAUGGAAAAGAUUCCGAAGUAUCAAAGAUUGGAGUUCCAAAAGACAAGAAUGAGGAAGACAUUGAGAAAGAAUGAGCAACCUGCCACUGAAACAUCGAACAAAGUAACUUUCAAUACACCUACUAAUACUAAAACUAAUGUUGCACCGUUUCCUUGCAGGUUGGCGAAACCAAAGAAGGAUGACAAAAAUAAAGAGUCGAUGGAGAUGUUUCGAAAGGUGGAAUUGAACAUACCCUUACUGGAUGCAAUCAAGCAAGUUCCGAAGUAUGCAAAAUUUCUGAAUGAUCUUUGUGCAAACAAGAAGACGCUAUGUGGAGACGAAUGCAUUAUUGCUGGCGAGAGCGUGUCUCUUGUUUUACAACGUAAGCUUCCUCCUAAAUGUGAAGAUCCAGGUAUGUUCUCGGUUCCUUGUAAAAUAGGUAAGUUGGAGAUUAAAUUAGCACUGUUAGAUUUAGGAGCUACAAUGAUGCCUAAGUCUGUUUAUAAGUCUUUGAACAUUGGGCCUUUAAAAGAAACUAGAAUUAUUAUACAAUUAGCCGAUAGGGCAAAUGCUUACCCUGAAUGA